AGGGGCAGGCCACUUGGACAGAAUACUUCUACAAGUGGAGAAUGAGGCGAUGUGCUGUCAACUAUUACUUCACUUUUUUUGCUCUAGUCACUUCAAUUUGUAGCGUACUUGUAGCGACGCCUGCAGCCGCCACAAAAGAGCUCGUUGAAAUUCACCGCAUCGUGACGGUUGGGGAUGUUCAUGGCGACGCAGAAAACUUCCUGAAAGUUCUCCGUCUCGCUGAUGUUGUGGAAGAGGGCACAGGUGGUGUAGUGGACGUGCUCACUAAUCCUCCUCAGUGGAAAUUUUCCCAGGCGCCAAAUGCAUCAGUGACGAGUUGGACAACGCUAGUGCAAAUGGGCGACCUGGUUGACCGAGGCGAGCAGGACUUUGAGUCAUUAAAUAUUGCGAUGGCUCUUCAGGAACAGACACAGAAUUCUCUCACAAGCGAUAGAGUUAUCUUGUUGAUUGGAAAUCACGAGCUUUUGAAUAUCCAGGGCCAUUAUCACUACGUUAACAAGCGGAAUUACGGCGGAUUUAUUAGUCGACCCCUGCGCAUGGAAGCAAUGAACGCUGACGGCGCAUUCGGCAAGUACAUCAUCGACAAUUUUAGGACUGCCUAUCUGGACGAGAACACAUUAUUUGUUCAUGCAGGAAUCGAAGCCGAUAUGCUGUUACCCGAUCUAAAUUCUCUCAACUCGGAAGUUCGAGAAGCUCUCCGUAAGCGUGACUUCCGACAUGCCUAUUUGCGAAGCAACGGACCCUUGUGGACACGAAAAAUGAUUAGUGACAGUAUGAUGGGCGACUGCGACGAAGUCAACAAAAUAUUACAAAGAUUUAAUGUCUCACGCAUCGUUGUGGGACACACACCACAAGAUUCCGGCCAAAUUGAACAAUAUUGCAACAAGCGAGUCAUUGCUGCUGAUGUUGGUAUGAGUCGAUGGAUGUACAACAACGUUGCAGCACUAGAAAUGGUAUUUUUCAAGUAUCUGGAUACCGAUCUGCAACAGAUUUCGACAGAAUUCAUCAUUCGUGAAUUGCGCGAGGGCGUCUCGGCGUUUUCAAUGACGAGUGACGGUCGUAACGAUGGUGAACAACUUUCACCUAAGUCCAGUUUUAUUGUGGACGAUGACAACGGUGAUUUGUAA